GGCAGCGUCUUUGUUGACGGUGUGUACUUAAAAUAUGACCCAUACCAUGUUUGGUAAUGGAAAUGACCAAUGGGUUUGCCCCAAUGACCGACAGCUCGCCCUGAGAGCCAAGUUACACACAGGCUGGUCGGUGCAUACGUUCCAGACAGAGAAGCAGAGGAAGACACAGAUGCUGGAGAAGAGAGAGCUGGAGAUCAUCAUGAACGUAAUCCACCGAGCCGAACAGCUGGAGGUGUUUGAGCAGCGCAGGAUCGGGUGUCUAAUCGAGCGUUUAGAGAACAUGAGGAGAUCAGCAGUGGGGAACAGUCUGUCUCAGUGCCUGCUGUGUGGCGAAUCUCUGGGGAUUCUGGGAACUCCUUCAGUCAUCUGCCUGGACUGCUGCAGGAAAGUGUGCACCAAGUGCGGGAUCGAGACGGCCUGCAGUCAGAAGAAAGCUCAGUGGCUCUGCAAGAUCUGUAGUGAACAGAGAGAGGUGUGGAAGCGUUCUGGAGCCUGGUUCUACAAGGCUUUGCCGAAGUACAUCCGUCCAGUGAAGGAUCCCUUCAUAGACAGAAGGCCUGGUACAGAGGAGCAGUCGGUAGCCAGGAGUGCACCCGUUAACUACUCAUGGGCCCACAGCAAAGUCGACUCCAGCGAGAGCGACGGCAGCGAUUCCGAGCUCAGCGACACCAGCAGCGACAGAAAGACCUUCAUCUCCGAGAGCAUCAAAAGACGACACUCGGCUUUAUCAGAGUUGAGUGGAAGUCUGGCAGUUACGCCCCUGCAGUCCAUCCUGACCAGCCCGUCCAGAGCCAGCUUGCUGUCCGAAAGUCGCUCCAGUCUGGCCAGCAAGAGCAGCAGCCUGGCUCCUGCCACCGAGGAUGAGGACACGGACCAGGGCCGCCCAUUAUUGUCCGCCCCGCUCCUCAGGCGCGCCGGGUCCCUGCGCUCGUCCUCCUCUUCCUCGUCCUCCGCCGCGCCCGCCGCCUCCGCCGAGAGGGAUGACGCCGACGGAAACGACGACGACCUGGACCGAGCCUUCGGCGCCGCCUCGGCCUCGGCUUCGUCCUCCGCUCCGACUCCGACUCCGCCCAGCAGGAAGGAGGAGGAGCCUGACACCGAGGGUUACGACUCGGACGACUCCACUACGCUCGGCACUCUGGACUUCAGCCUGCUGUACGAUCAAGAGAACAACGCCUUGCACUGCACCAUCAACAAAGCGAAGGGACUCAAACCCAUGGAUCACAACGGGCUGUCAGAUCCCUACGUCAAACUGCACCUGCUACCCGGAGCCAGUAAAGCCAAUAAACUCCGUACCAAGACCUUGCGCAACACCCUCAACCCCGUGUGGAGCGAGACGCUGACCUACUACGGCAUCACCGAUGAGGACAUGGUCCGUAAAACCCUCAGGAUUUCCGUGUGCGACGAGGACAAAUUCCGCCACAACGAAUUCAUCGGCGAGACCCGAAUCCCCCUGAAGAAGCUCAAGCCAAACCAGACUAAGAACUUCUACAACUGCCUGGAGAAGCAGCUUCCUAUUGAUAAGACGGACGACAAGUCUCUGGAGGAGCGCGGCCGCAUCAUGAUCUCGCUGAAGUACAGCUCUCAAAAGUGCGGCCUGGUGGUGGGAAUCAUCCGGUGUGCCCACCUCGCAGCCAUGGACGCCAACGGUUUCUCUGAUCCGUAUGUAAAAACGUACCUGAAACCAGAUGAGAACAAAAAGUCAAAGCACAAGACUGCAGUCAAGAAGAAGACUCUUAAUCCAGAGUUUAAUGAGGAGUUCUUCUAUGAGAUUAAGUACACAGAACUGAGUAAGAAAACCCUUGAGGUGACUGUAUGGGACUAUGACAUUGGCAAAUCCAAUGAUUUCAUAGGCGGAGUCUCCUUAGGCAUCAACGCCAACGGUGAGCGCCUGAAACACUGGUUCGACUGUCUCAAAAACAAGGACAAGAAAAUCGAGCGUUGGCACACGCUCACCAAUGAACUCCCUGGUUCAGGCUUCAACGACUGAACCCUCGUCGGCCACGCCGGCACCUGUUCCUGCUCCUGUUCCCCUCCUCGUGUGAUGUCAGCUUAACGCUCGGCCUUCGACUGCAGCUUGGAGAUGGGUACCAAAGCCACCUCUUAUUCUUUAUCUCAAAAUCUAGCUCCGUAUGUACUGUUCCUAGUGUUGACCCCGCUGUUCGAUCCGAUCCUGUGAUGUGACUCUUGAGCAUAAAUAAGGGUCUUUGGUCAGCAUGAGGUCUUUCUCUGGCAAAUAGCAGGGCUUUGGUUUUUUCCACUGAUCGCCUGUGUGCAAAAGUUUAAAUGCUGGUAAUCUUACACUUCUGAAUUUUUAGUUCACUCUAAUGUUUGGUAUGUAUUCAAAGAUACUGUUUACACAAGCCAUUGGGGGAUGGUAAUAUGACAAAUAUCCUGUAUUAGGCCUUGAGGGGGAUUAAAUGAUUCUGAGUUAAGAA